UGACGACUAUGACGUCCCGAGGCAUAGUAGAAGAUUGAAAGCAUGGCUUUCUGUGGCUAUCAAAAACUUGCUUAGCUGACCAACUGCGCAUUUUGUGCACAUUUAUUUAGACAUGAAAACGUAGCGAGGCUAUUUAUUAGAACUAUUGACAACUUUGGCCGCCUGCUCAUUUAUAGGGACACACACCGGUUAGAUAAACUCUUUCCAGAAAACGCAACACAAAGGAAUUGCGGUCGGUUAGUGUUGUGAAAAUUAUAUAUUCAUUUUUUUAUAUCGAGGCCUAGAAUUUCAUUUCAACUCAGCAACGAGCCUAAACGUCAACUAAUAUUGACUGAGAACUCGGGGCUUUCCAGCCCGGUAGUUUAUUUUUUUUUAAAUGUAGUUCGGCGCUUGCAUUGCGAAAUACUAAGUCUUUCGCGUGUCUAUUUUUUUUUUUUUUAUUCGAACCCUGUAAUUAUGACAGCCCGCGGUCAUUGGCGAUAACCAUGACAAGAAACUCGACUCGCAAAAUGAAAGAAAGUAGCUAACAACGAGCUAACUGUCGUUGUAGCCAGGUAGCGGCUAGUUAGCAUUACCAGCAGAGCUAUCGCCAUUGUUGUUCAAAGGUGAUUUUAAUCUUAUUUGCUCUUGUGAUCAACGUGUGUGAUUUGACUCCAAAAUAGGUAGUUGUGUUCAUAAACGAUCGCUUUUGGGUGUUUCGGCGUUUCCCAUAACUAAUAUGCUAGCGGCGCUACUGCUAACAUAGCUAGGCUAGUAUUUGCUUGCUUGCUAAUUUGCUUGGGUGGCAUCGACGCGGACAAUGGCAGCGGCCUCGACUGAGGCGGUGUUCUUGAUUAAAGACGUCAAGCCCGGCUCCAAAAACCUCAAUAUUGUAUUCAUCGUUUUGGAAAUAGGACGAGUGACCAAGACUAAAGACGGUCAUGAAGUGCGAUCCUGCAAGGUGGCCGACAAGAGCGGCAGCAUCGCCAUCUCCGUAUGGGACGAACUGGGCAGUCUCAUUCAGCCUGGCGACAUCAUCAAACUCACCAGAGGAUAUGCGUCCAUAUGGAAAGGCUGCCUGACACUUUACACCGGAAGAGGUGGCGACCUGCAGAAGAUUGGCGAAUUUUGCAUGGUCUAUUCGGAAGUGCCCAAUUUCAGCGAGGCCAAUCCGGAGCUGCUCGCUCAAACAAACCAGCAAAACAAGUCGGGGAAACCCGACCAGAAUCCCAGGGGAAACUCUCCACCCAAUCAAAAUUCAGGUACAUCAACUGCACCAGGUAACGGCUCCGUGCCGCCCUUUUCCGCAAACAGCAGCAACGGCGGCAACAACAACAACGGCGGUGGCGGUCCCGCGGCGGGCGGUGCCCGCGAGUCUGCGUUCGGGCGGCCAAACGGCCGGUCGCCCGGGAACGGAGCGGCUCAGUCUUCUGCAGUCGGACCCCCGUCUGCUAAGUCGUCGGUUAGCAUUAGCAACGGCAGGGACCCGCGACGUGCCAAAAGAUGAAGUUAGGCGGGGCUCUCUACUGUCCCCUUUGAACCUCACUUCAAGUCAUUGUCAGUCACAUGUCGAGUAGCCGCUUAGUUGUUCAGUACAGAUGAGAUUGUGUCCUCGGCCGCUUGGGAGUCUGCGCGUGCACCGCUGGAACUUGUGAGGUGGACUCCAGCCCCCUUGAAGGAACCCGCUAAAUGUUAGCACAAGUCAAAUUCUGGCCUCUUCUCCAACUCUACUUGAACACACUGUGCACUUUUGCUUCAUUUGCAUGUGAGGAACAUUUUUCAUGUCACAAAAAGCAAAGUGCAGUUUUUGUGUGAAGAUUGACCACAUUGCCAAACGACGCCGAAGGGUGCAGUGUUCGUCGUGGAGCUUUACAAAGGGCAGGUGUCAUCUUUUGUUUGUUUCCCCUUCCAAAAGUUUCUCAAUUGUACCAUCAGUAAAGUUGGACCACUUCGAGCUCAGCUAAGACAGUUCAAAUAAAUUUGACCACGGUUGUAAAACAGA